CAAGGAGGUGAUCUAUUUGUCUGUCUACUACUUAGCUAUCUAGCAAUCAGACUCUAUCUAUUUAGCUAGUUAAGGCAAUCUAUCUCUAUCUCUCUCUUGCUAGCUAGCUACCAAGAUAGUGAGAUAGCUGGCUAUGCUGCAACACAAGACUAUGAAAUAAAUAAAAAUAAAGUUAAAUAACAUCAGCUGUAAAUAUUUUUAACAUGCAAAUAAUGUAGCGUUCAACAUACUCAUUUUCAAAUGCAGUAAGUUAUUUAUUCACUUGUCACUAUUCUACCCUCUAUUCAAAUUACUCAUUUUGUCUUACUGCCUGUAGAGGUAGCUAGAGUAAAACAACAGCAAACUCGAUCUCAAAGAAAAUGAUUCUGAACUUCAUUUGUUUAUUUAGAAAAUACCUUCUGAUAAUGUGUGACAAUAAUUAGGGCUAAUAUGUGUCAGUUGUGUUGCUCCGCUGCUAUCAGUCUUUAUUCGAGCGCCGAUCACAUUAAACUCAGAAUGACUUUAGCUGAUUUUAGAAGAGAAAAACGAUUUUUUUUUUUGUGAAUGAAACCAAAAGAUUCAGAUUCAGGAAACGCUUCCGCGAUUCCCUUGUUGCCAUGGUGACGACGUAGCUUGGCUGUUAGACGCUGACUUCGAACGGGGAAAACUUAUCAGGCUAAAUUAGCUGCUAUGUUUGAAUUUCUGUACAUUUUCCCUGCAAUUUAACUGAGAAGAGACGCGAGUGGCAUCAAGAAAAGCUCAGCAGGAUGAAGCAGGUGGAGACGUUCAGAAACAGAAAGGUUUCGGAUUCAUCGAUCCUUUCCAGAAAGGAAAUAGCUAUGUUCAGAAACACGCCGAAGCAGUACAUGUGUGUGGAGAUGCUGCAGGACGGCUACCACAGGUCGUUUUCAGAGCUCUUCAUUCUGCUGCGCUCAGACCUGGAGCAGAGGGCCAACGCUCGGCCCAAAUCGCCCCGGCUGCAGGAACCCCCGCUGGAGGAGCAGCGCGAGAAACUGGAGACCAUCCGGCUGCACCUGAGCCGGGCAGAGAAAGCAGAACGUGACGGUUCCUGGACAGCCGUGUGUGAAGAGCGGCUGCAUUUGGGUCGCUACUUCACCGAUCCGAUGGACAUCUGGCUCAGCUUUCACUUCUACCACAGCUGCGCUGACAGAGUGUUCGGAGGCCGGUCCAAAGCCGCCACGGAGGCCAGAUUCCACCUGGCUGAGCUGUACCGGCAGCAAGGGGACCUGGUGGAGGCCAGGGACCAGGCGGAGAGGGCCCUGAAGCAGGCGGAGGACGGAGGCUGGCUGGACCCGGAGGGCCGGCCGCUGAGGCUCUGGGGCUGCAGGGAACUGGGAGAAAUCUACAGCCUGCUGGGUGAAGCUUACCUCGCAGCGAAGCAGUACGACACAGCCACGAUGCUGCUGCAGCUGGGAUCCAAGAUGGCUAUCGAGGGCGGCGAUCAGUCGGUGAAGGCGGAGUCGUUCUUCAGGGAAGGAAUGGGCUUACAGAGUUCAGGAGAUCACCAAGCAGCCAAGGAGCUCUUCAACACCUGCGUAGAACUCUUUGGCUCUCUGCAAGACGUUCAAGGUUUGGUGAAGUCCUACAAAGCCAUAGCCAAGUCCUUACAAAGCGAAGGAAACAUCGAGGAGUGCAUUGAGACGCUGGAGAAGUCAGCUGAUCUGUGCCAAAGCAGCGACCUGCAGGAGAGGCUGGCGGACAUCAGCCUGACUCUGGGCUGCAUCUACAGCGACGUGAAUCGGCCUCUGAAAUCGUGUGAAUACUUCUUGCAGAGCUACAAAGCUGCCUGCACCGCCAGAGAGGUGCUUCUGCAGCAGAAAGCACAGGUGAAGCUGGGUUAUACAUGCGCACACUCUCUCAUCAAGACACACAUCUCUGAGAUGAAGACGCCCUCACUGUCCUCUGUGAACCAGCUGGUGGACUGGAAGGAAACCAGAGGACACCAGAACUUCUGCUGAGGGUUUAGAAAUUAACAUUCAGCAGCUGGUUGUUGAGAGGAAGGAGAAAAACAAACAAAAACAUACAUUAUUACUUGUCUUUACAUAUUGCCAACCACUUAUCUUGUUCAAGAAAUAAUAAAUUAACAGAAUGGCAAGAUUUCACAUCUGAAAAUAAUUUAAAACUCUUUCAUUUAAUAGCAAAUUCAAACCUCCUCUGUUUCUAUUGAGGCUGAGAGUUAAAUUACCUGCAGUUAUGAAGAUGAUGUGAUCUAACCAGUAUGCAGCUUAUUUAUAUUGAUUCAGUUUAUCUUUAUCAAAGUGUGUGGAAAACUUUUGGCUUUCAGUUUCAACUCUAUGAACAUGUGCCAGGUGUCAAUGGACCAACAAGAUAAAUGUUUAAACUCCAA